ACAUUUUAUCAGAUGUUCUUCCUGUCAAGCAUUUCAGUACACUAGUAUAACGAGUUUAUUGUACUAUAAUCUCAUCAGUUACAGAGCCCCGAGGACGCCGUACAGGGUUGUGGUCUCGCGCGUUGAAGUAUUUCUACUGACAUGCUGCUCAUUCGCUCGCAGAGCUCAGAGUAUUGACUCAGGAGUGGCGGUGGAUCCAGGAUUUCCACUUGUCAGUCCCCGAUACCGACACCAAGUGCAUCCCCUCAGUUAAGAUGUCCAAGUUGGAUCAGGUCCUCAUCCUCGACCCUCCCUCAGACCUCAGAUUUAAAGGUCCUUUCACAGAUGUAGUCACCACUAACCUCAAAUUGAAGAACCCUUCUGACAGAAGAGUUUGCUUCAAAGUGAAAACAACAGCACCACGCAGGUACUGUGUACGGCCAAAUAGCGGAGUCAUUGAUGCAGGAGCAACUGUCACCAUUUCAGUUAUGCUACAACCCUUUGAGUAUGAUCCUAAUGAGAAAAGUAAGCACAAAUUCAUGGUGCAAACUAUUUUUGCUCCACCAAAUGUUUCAGACAUGGAUUCCUUGUGGAGAGAUGCAAAUCCUGAUGAUCUCAUGGAUUCCAAACUGAGAUGCGUCUUUGAGCUGCCUUCUGAAAAUGAUAAAGUGAAUGACUUGGAGGCGACCAGAGCGGCUCCGGUGAUGAACUCCGUGAAGGCUGAGCCGACGCUGGCCGCGGUGCCUGUUGCUCCCACAGUGGACGAUACAGAGAUGAAAAAAGUGCUGGAGAAGUGCAAGAGGUUGCAAGUUGAGAUCAACAAGCUGACUGAGGAGAACCGGCAAUUAAAGGAAGAUGGAAUUAGAAUGAGAAAGAUGCCCCGCUCAGACCACAUGACAUCAAACUCAACUAACCUCCUCGGCCGAGAAACCAGCGCCGCCUUCUUGCCCUCCCUCCUCGUCGUCAUAGCAGCCAUCUUCAUGGGAUUUUUCUUAGGGAAGUUCAUCUUGUAGACUGGGAGAUGCAUGCUGGGCGUAUACCCCGCUCUGGCUCUAAAAUUUAAAACAAAAAAGAUAAAACAAUAAAACAAUAACAACAAAAAAAAAGACCUGCAAAAACCAAGAAGUCUUUCUGUUGACUUUACCAUAUCAUUGGUAGUGUGGCCUCCAGUGAACACAUCUGUACACCAUCAUUCGAAAGCGCCGCCUUUUUACAGUUUCACACAGUUAGUGCACACAGAGUUAAGUAAAGGAAGGCGAAACAAAAAAAAACAACCCCCCCCACCCUUUUUUUUCCCCCUCUUCUCUAAUGGCUGGACACACAGAUAACACAGGUUUAAUGGUUGGGACAAUGAAAUGUGUAAACAAUCGGGCAACAUGGACGAUGCGUGUGCUGUGAAAAAUGGGUGAAAUGCAGUCAGUUUUUCUUUCUCUGUUUUAAUAGGAAUUGAAUGGAAUGUUAGAUGUCUUGUAAAUGUUAUUUUAAAAACUUUUAAAAACAAAAAAAGGACAGAACUUCCAUUUAACAAGACCUUAUUACCUGUUGCUGGAUGAUUGCCUCUGAAGUAAAUCUGUUUGGAAUUUCUACUUCUUGUGUUGGAAUGUUCAGGUCCAGCUGGGGAUAUAGGUGCCUCCUUCUUGUACAUUUGUCCUGUCCUUUUUCUCACAACACCAGUGGAGACUUAAUUAUUAUUAUUAUUAUUAUUAUUAUUAUUACACAACACAUGUUCCUUCUGAAGCUAAUGACUGAAAUGAGGUUUCCAUUCUUUAAAAAUCUUGUUCCAUGGUAUUCAUUGAAAAAAAAAAUAAAAAUGAAAAAAGUG